AUGCAGCAAGCGGUCCUACGCCAGUUUCCAGAUGCGGUAGCCAAAUAUCGCUUCACAAACAGAUCCCAGAACAUGUAUUUCACCGCGGAAUGCGUCGGACAGUUUCGAAAUACGGUCGCUAAGCUGAAAGAUCUCGCUUUGACUAAGGAGGAGAGGAUAUGGCUUGCAAACAAGUGUCCGUAUCUGAAAAGUGAUUAUCUCGACUAUCUCGAACAAUAUCGCUACAAGCCUGAGCAAGUCGUCAUCAAAUUCACUCCAUUGCAAGGUGAUGCAAAUCGAGGACAGGUCGAGAUGACAGCCGAAGGCCCCUGGAUAGAGACGAUAUUGUGGGAGAUUCCUCUGAUGGCUCUCCUCAGUGAGACGUAUUUCCGCGUUGUCGACACCGACUGGAACAACGAGAAACAAGUUGAACGUGCGUAUCGAAAGGGCAAGGAUCUGCUCUCGGUAGGAUCCACUUUCAGCGAAUUUGGCACCAGGAGAAGGCGCUCCUUUGCAGUUCAAGACGAAGUAGUUCAAGGCCUUAUCCACGCUGAGAGAGAUGGAUACGGUGCUCAGACGGGUGGAAAGCUACUUGGGACUAGCAACGUACAUUUGGCGCACAAGUAUGGGCUUACACCCAUCGGGACGAUCGCUCAUGAAUGGUUCAUGGCGACCGGUGCGGUCUAUGGAUACGAGGGAGCAAACAUAAGAGCUCUCUCCCUCUGGGAGCAAGUUUAUCCUCCCAGUGAAAUGAGCGGUCUACUCAUCUGCCUCACCGAUACAUUCUCCUCGGAUGCUUUCUUCCGAGAGUUUAUACACGUACCAGAGAUGGUGAAGAGGUGGAGACUUCGACAGGAUUCCGGUGACCCUGUCGAGUAUGUAGCCAAGGCCAAAGCACUCUACGACUCCUUAGGAAUCGAUGCGAGCGAGAAGCCGAUCGUAUUCUCCGACUCGCUCAACGUGGAUAAGGCGAAUGCGAUCAAAGCAGCCUGCGAUGCCGCCGGCCUCAAGUGCUCGUUCGGUAUCGGUACUUUCCUUUCUAAUGACUUCACGAAGGCCAAUGGUACGGGUACAAGUAAAGCUCUUAAUAUGGUCAUAAAGCUUUCGUCCAUCAACCAAAUACCCUGCGUCAAAAUUAGCGACGAUAUUGGCAAGCUUUAG